GUCUGCUUCAUACUCUAUUGCUCUUGUAGUUUAAUACUCGAGUCAACUUGCGUUUUUUGUUAACUCCAGCUCCCAUCUCCUAGUCUCAGCAUUUUCAAACACUUGUGUUUAAUUUUUAUCGGCAUCUAACAGCAAUUAUUACACAUAAUAAUUAAGUGCAUGUGUUCCUCAAAACUCUCCCCCACUUCAUUCAAUGCUAUUAUUUCUUUAUUUAUAUUUGACUUCCGAAUUUUCAGCUCUUGAUAAAACUCAUUCACCUCAAUGCUAACCCCUUCCUCCAAAAGAAAAUUUUUCUUUUUUGACCUGAAACACAAAUUUUACCAGCCAAAUCGAUCUGACCUUCGAAACUCUUUUCAUACUCCUCGUUCGUCUUUCUAACAUCUUCCUCCAAUUAGCUCUUCUCUUGCAAAACCUUGUAUGUUCGAUUGUUUUCCUAGUCUUCUUCCUGCUUCAAUUUUCUCUACUCCCUUGUUUUUCUUCACUAGCACAAAACAUAUAUAUGUGACUCCAUUUAGAUCUUAUCAAACUCAUCAUAUUCCUUCACUAUUCAUCUGUAUUUCAAAUAGUCUUUUUCCUUAUAAGCAAGCAUAGAUAUUACAUGGAUGCAGUAGCAGCACAUAAACACAACUCCAUUCAUGUAUCACAGGUUCUUUUUUCAUUCAAAAACCAGCAAAAUAACAUUAGUAUAACUCAAAUAUCUCCUAUGGCUUCAGUUUCAGGGGAAGGCUUUCCGAUAAUUGGUGUUGCAAUGUUAGGAAUCAUGGCUAUAGGUUUUUUGCUUGUCAGCUACUAUAUCUUUGUCACAAAAUGCUGCAUCAACUGGCAACAAUUCGACCCUUUAAGGCGCUUUUUCAAUACGCGGUCACGACAGUAUGAAGACCCUUUAAUGGCCUAUUCACCUUCAAGAGAAAGCAGAGGACUUGAUGAAUUGGUUAUAAGAGAGAUUCCAACUUUUCAGUACAACAGAAACAAAGUUGGUGAAAGAAGUUUUAGGAGAUGUGUGGUUUGUUUGAAUGAGUUUAAAGAAGAUGAAAUGUUAAAACUUCUUCCAAAAUGUAGCCAUGCUUUUCACUUGGAUUGUAUUGAUAUUUGGCUUCAAAAUAAUGCUAGUUGUCCUCUUUGUAGAACUAGCAUUUCAGGCACUACAAAUAAACAUCCACUUGAUGUUAUUGUUGCACCAAAUUCAUCACCUCAAGAUCCACAUAUUCCACUACUUAGAAGAAGCAACAUUUUAGGAAGUGAUGAAGAUUUUGUAGUGAUUGAAUUGAGUGGUGAACUUGGAACCGAGGCACAACAAAAUAGAAGUAACUCUAUUAGCAGGGAAUCAAGAAGUUACUCUUCAAGAAAAUUUGCCAAACAACAAACAAGAAAGUUGUCAAUUAUGGGUGAUGAAUGCAUUAAUGGAAGAGGAAAAGAUGCUCAUUUUUCAGUUGAGCCAAUUAGGAGAUCUUUCUCUAUGGAUUCUGCAGCGGAUCGACAUGUUUAUUUAUCAGUACAAGAGAUGAUAUGCCAUAAUGGGCACCUUAGUCAGGUGAGAAACAAUGGUGAAAGCAGUAGUAGUAGUAGUAGAUCAAUUCGAAAAUCAAUCUUUUCUUUUGGACAUAGAAGAUCCAAGACUUCAGUUUUACCCUUUGAUUUUUAAAUUUUUUGAUCUUACAAUCUGUUUGUUUGUUCAUUCUUUGUUGCAAAGUUGUUCACUAACAUGGUUUGUAGUCUCUUUUACCUUAAGUGAAGAUGUUUUAUUUGUUAUUAAUACAAGAAUAGGAUAGGACAGAAUAGAAGAUAGAUGAAAUAUAGGCAAAGAGGCUUUUUGAGAAAAAUCAUUGUAAAGCCACUAUGGCAUGGCUAGUUAGCAAAAAUAAUUUUGUUCUUUUGUAGUUAUUAUUCAUGAGUGAAUAUGAUUGUGUUCCAAUUGA